AUGGAACCUCCAGCUCCAGAGAACAUGGUGAAUACAGCAGAUCACAAAUUAUACAAACGACGCUGGCUGAUGUUACUAUUGUUCGUAAUUUACGCAUUCAACGGUGCCUUGCAAUGGACUCAGUUCACGACUAUUAAUAACCUGGUGACAAAAUACUAUAAUGUGAGUACAACGCAAGUCGAAUGGACAGCAAGUGUAUUCAUACUUUCAUUCAUAAUACUCGCCAUACCAUCUUUAUACUUGAUCGACCUGAUGGGAGUUAGAUACGUAGUGAUUCUGUCAGCUUUAGGAAUCGCAGUAGGUAAUUGGAUGAAACUAUUUUCAGUGGCACCGGAUCGGUUUUACCUUGCUUUCAUAGGACAAUGUUGUUCCGCUUCUUUCUUGAAACUGACUUACGGGUUAUUCGGUCGUUUCACUGCUAUUUGGUUCGGAGCUGAUGAAAUCUCGACAGCUGGAGUUCUGGUUGUGUUGGGUGAUCAUCUUGGGUCAGCGUUUAGUUACAUUCUGCCAGCCAUUAUGGUCGACGAUGGUUCCGAAGAAGUCAUUGGUAACGGAUUGAGAAACAUGUAUUUGAGUGUAUCGAUAUCUUCAACUGUGAUAUUUUUUUCAAUUUUAUUCUUUCUCCAAACGAAACCGAAAAUACCUCCAAGUAUUGCACAAGUCAAACAGAAACAAGUGAAGAAAGACAAAAUACUUUCAGCUUUGGGUAAAAUGAUGAGAAAGCCAGCAUUUUUAUGGUUCAUACUUUCUUUCGGAUUGAAUUGUGCAACUUCGACGAGCGUUGCCAUUUGUUUGAAUGAAAUAAUCGUCACAAAUUUUCCAGAUGCAACUUCCAAGGAUGUUGGAAACAUUGGUUUCGUGAUGAUGUUCGUUGGAAUUUUCGGUUCACUACUCGUUGGAAAAAUGUUAGAUAAAACGAAACUAUUCAAAGAAUACUCUAUAGUAUUAACUAUUUGUACGACUAUUUCGAUGAUUGCAUUCACAUGGUCUCUGAAAUCUGGCAAUGUUUUAUUCGUAUACGCUGCCGCACUACUCAUUGGAUUUUUUGUAACAGGAUAUUAUUCCAGCGGAAUGCAAUUAGGAAUAGAACUCACGUAUCCUAUACAUGAAGAAAUUUCAACGACGAUUACUUUCCUUUCCGGCGCAUUGUUUUCGUUAAUAACAACCGUUGCAUAUGGUUACAUGAUCAAGAUUUAUGGUGACCUGAUCUCUAAUAUCGUAAUGAUCGUAUUGAACAUCAUAGCGGUUGUAGCCACGUUAUGUAUUAAAGUUGACUUGAAACGACAACGAGCUGAAAAUGAACCAAAGGCCAGCGAAUUGAAAGAAUUUAUAAAAUGAUGUAAAUCUUACGCAAACACUCAACUCAAACAAAUUGUAACUUUUUGAAACGAAAAUGAAAAAUGAUUAAUCUGGC